UCCCGGUCUCAGAAAAAUGGAAAAAGUUAACAAAACUCCAUCUUGACCGUCCCCUCCAUUUCUCAACUUCACGUUCAACCGUCAGAUUACUCCGUCUCUGCCCAUCACUUUCAGCUACAGUGGGGCCUCUCCUUCGUUUUUUAGCAACCGUUUUGGAGAGGAGAAAUGAGCUAGCCCCAGCUCUUUCCAACAAGAACUUCGAAGCUCGGAGGCUAUAGAGACUGAGGUUUCUUUACCCUUUAUUCCGGUUGCACUCCAGCGAACUUCAGGCGAAGAGCCAACUAGUAACAGUUUCCAGAAUCUCUUCUUGGGUUAGUUUCUGAGAAAUAAAAUUUCCAGUCGGUUGGGAGAGAUGGCACACAGGAAGAGAAUGAGACAGGUAUCUGGGAAUCUCUAAAACUGAAAAUUUGAGUUUUUUGUCUCUCUUUUUUUAUCAUCAAAAUAUAAGCAGUUUGGAGAGGUUGUUGGCCCACCCCUUCAAAGCUAUGGAGGUGGGUUCCAUUUGGAUGGUCCUGCUAUGCAUAUUAGGUGCUUUGGUUGCUCUGAAAAGGAUUCUAAAGAGAGCUAAUGGGUGGCUCUAUGAAGCCAAACUGGGUGAAAUACAGUAUUCUCUGCCUCCAGGUGAUCUGGGUUGGCCCUUCAUUGGUAAUAUGUGGUCAUUUCUCAGAGCUUUCAAGUCCACUGAUCCUGAUUCUUUUAUGCGCUCUUUUACCACCAGAUAUGGACGUACUGGAAUCUACAAGGCCUUCAUGUUUGGGAGGCCCAGUGUGUUUGUGACAACGCCUGAAACCUGCAAAAGAGUAUUAAUUGAUGAUGAUGCAUUUAAGCCUGGUUGGCCAAGCUCCACCAUGGAGCUCAUUGGAAAGAAAUCCUUCAUAGGUAUUUCUUAUGAAGAGCACAAGCGUCUCCGCCGGCUGACUGCAUCUCCUGUCAAUGGUCAUGAGGCUCUGUCUGUCUAUCUGCAUUACAUUGAAGAAAAUGUGAUAUCUGCUUUGGAAAAAUGGUCAAACAUGGGACAAAUUGAGUUCUUGACUGAACUCAGGAAAGUUACUUUCAGGAUCAUAAUGUAUAUCUUCCUUAGCUCUGAAAGUGAGCCUGUCAUGGAGGCUUUGGAGAGGGAAUAUACAGCACUUAACUAUGGGGUCAGAGCCAUGGCAAUCAAUCUUCCAGGAUUUGCUUACCACAAAGCACUCAAGGCUCGCAAAAACCUUGUGGCUGCAUUACAAUCUGUAGUAGAUGAGCGCAGAAAUCAAAGGAAGGGUGGUAUUUCAUCAAAGAAGAAAGACAUGAUGGAUGCUCUGAUGGAUGUUGAAGACGAAAAUGGUAGAAAAUUGAGUGAUGAAGAAAUAAUUGAUGUUCUGUUGAUGUACUUGAAUGCAGGCCACGAAUCUUCUGGCCAUGUCACAAUGUGGGCUACUAUUUUCCUUCAGGAGCACCCCGAAUUUCUCCAAAAGGCUAAGGACGAGCAGAAGGAAAUCUUAAAAAGGAGGCCACUAACACAAAAGGGAUUGACACUUAAAGAAGUUCGAGACAUGGAAUACCUUUCUAAGGUGAUUGAUGAAACACUUCGUUUGGUAACAUUCUCACUUGUGGUCUUCCGAGAGGCAAAAGCAGAUGUUAAUUUAAAUGGAUAUGUCAUUCCCAAAGGCUGGAAAGUUCUCGUCUGGUUCAGAAGUGUUCACUUGGAUCCUGAAGUCUAUCCAAAUCCAAAGGAAUUUAAUCCUUCUCGAUGGGAUAAUCAUACAGCCAAAGCAGGAACUUUCCUUCCCUUCGGAGCCGGAAGCAGGACGUGCCCUGGAAACGAUCUAGCAAAGCUUGAAAUCUCCAUCUUUCUGCACCAUUUUCUCCUUUAUUAUGAGCUCGAACGUCUCAAUCCUGGAUGUUCAUUAAUGUACUUACCUCAUUCAAGACCAAAAGACAACUGCUUGUCUAGAAUUAAGAAAACUCCUUGCUCAUGAAGAAACAGAAAUGAAUGAACAGCAGACAUUAAAAUCCACACAUACAGGACAAACCAACAUGCAAACACAAGGAAGGUUGGUUGGUUGCUUACACUGUUGUAUCCACACCAUGAAAUUUUUAAUAUCAAAAUGGUUUAGAGCUUUCUAAUCUAUUUCCGGCGAUUUCUUUACUGCUCUUUUUGUUUUCCUUUCUGUAUGUAUAAUAUUUCUUUCUGGGUUGUGUAAUUUUUAAUCAAAUUGAAUCAUUAUUUUGACAA